GCUGCGUGUGUAGACUCGUCAGUCCAGUGAAGUCACUGCUGUGCACGCUUCUGAUCCAACGGCAUCAUUGUUCUCUUUGCUGGAACAUCAGUCGGUGUGUUAUCAGCAUGAGAACCGCCUGGUUUAAGCGGUCAGUCGUGGUACUGGGGGGCUUUGGUCUCGUCCUCUGCGGGGUCAUGUUUGUGAUGAGUGGAUAUGAUCAAGCUGCGGCUGACAAAGAGGACAUGCGUUCAGUCAGGAGGUUUUCUGACCUGGAGUCAAGCAUCAGCAAUCUCUACAAUGUCGUCAAAUCUUUUGAAAAGAAGCAGGACAAUCUGCAGAAAAUGCUCGAAGAGGAAAGGGGCAGACAGAGAAAAGCUCCAGAGGUGGAACAGCCACCAGUCAAAAAGCAGCCAGAGCCAGAGAAGGAGAAACCUGCAGCAAAGAUCCAGGACCAAAAGGAGGUCCCCAAAGAGAAAAAGUCCAAUAAACUGUUUCCCAAAUCUUACCUGUUCAAGGAGUGGGGGGAGAAUCUGUCUGAGGAUGACCAAAGAGAGGCACAGGGUUUGUUUGAGAAGUACGGAUACAACGUUUUUCUCAGCGACCGCCUUCCUCUAGAUCGAGUUCUCCCAGAUACCAGGGAUAAAAGGUGUCUUAAAAAGAUUUACCCAAAGGACCUGCCAAACGUGGGAGUGGUGUUGAUCUACCUAAAUGAGGCCCUGUCCAUCCUCAAAAGAGCUCUGCGUAGCAUCAUCGACCGCACCCCUAAAAACCUGCUGAAGGAGAUAAUUAUGGUGGAUGACAAUAGCUCCAAUGAGGACCUGAAGGGGGACCUCGACGCGUACGUGAAGUCGCUCGAGCAGCAGAACCCAAGUCUCCGUAUUACGAGAGUGAGGCACAAUGAGCAGCGAGGCCUUUCAUACGCCAGGGCUGCUGGGUGGAGGGCUUGUACUGCUGACGUGGUGGCCAUCCUGGACGCACACAUCGAAGUCCAUGAGAUGUGGAUUGAACCCCUGCUGACACAGAUCAAAGCUGACCGAACGGUGGUGACGUCCCCUGUAUUUGACAGAGUCAACUUUGAUGACCUCAAAGUAAUUCCAUACUCUCCAGCAGCACAUGCCUUCGACUGGGCUUUAUGGUGCAUGUAUGAGGGUUUUACGCCAGAUUAUUAUGAACUCAAAGACGGCUCAUUGCCUGGAAAAAGUCCAUCGGUCAUGGGGAUCCUAGUGGCCGAGAGGAAGUUUUUAGGAGAAAUUGGACUCCUCGAUGAAGGAAUGAAAGUGUACGGUGGAGAAAACGUUGAGCUGGGAAUCCGCGUGUGGACAUGUGGAGGCAGUGUUGAAGUAGUUCCAUGCUCCAAGAUCGCCCACAUCGAGAGGGCCCACAAGCCCUACCUGCCUGACCUGGCCCCAGCCAUGAAGAGAAACGCCCUGAGAGUAGCAGAAGUCUGGAUGGAUGAAUACAAACACAACAUCAACUUGGCUUGGAACUUGCCAUUUGAGAAUCACGGAAUUGACAUCGGGGAUGUCUCCGAGAGGAAAAAACUCAGGGAAAGGUUGAAGUGCAAACCUUUCAAAUGGUACCUGGAAAACGUGUAUCCCAAGUUGGAUCCCUGGGACAACAUUCUUGGUUAUGGAGGAAUGAAGAAUCUUGAUGCUGAAAUGUGCUUAGACCAAGGCCCAGUGCCAGGUCACACACCCAUUGCCUACCCAUGCUACUACUAUGGACCUCAAAUCACCUAUUAUCGCUCAAAUGGUGAGCUCUAUAUCGGUGGCCUCAAGUCCCACAAGUACAAUGACAACCGGUGUAUAACUGACAUCGGCAAAAAAGAAACGGAGCCUGGCCUUCACAACUGCAAAGAGGCUAUGCAGAAAGGAAUGGGGAUUUACUGGGACUUCACUCAGGGCAAAGAAGUGAAGAACAAACAGACAAAAAGAUGUCUGGAGAUUAUAAAAGGCCAACUUCUAAUACAGGAAUGCUCCGGCCAAAGAUGGGAAAUCCAAAACAUCAUCAAGGCCUUUUAAAAAGAAGAGCACUUUUCUGCUCAUAUGUCAGUGGGUAUUAUUGCCUGAAUGUGUAAAAUAUAAAAGAAAGUCAAUGAAAUUUGACAACUGCUAUGACUCCUGUAAUAAUUUAAAGGUACACUAUUUGAGGGAUUUUGUAAAUCUUAUGUGACUUCUCUCUAAAGUCUGAAUUUUGGAAAUUCACUCAACAUCUUAUGAAUGAACGUUAGGUCUGCAAGUAAUUAUUAUUUCUACUAUUCAUUAAUCUGCUUUUUUUUUAUUGACUGUACUAAACUGAAGUGUAAACAUUGCCUAUUGGACUAGAAGACUGUCAAAAAUGCCAUGGUUUUCAAUGUACAAGAGAAAAACAUAUUGUUUAGUUCUAUUCCUUUCAUGUUUUAAGAUCUAACUAUGUUGUUCCUACUGUGCUGAUCAGAUAAAAUGUAUAAAAGGGCUUGACUUGUCGGACUGUUACCGUGGAUACAAACUCAGUCCUGUUUUUUAAACAAAGGGAAGUUUGGUGGAGUUGAUGCUGUAAUAAUGAGCAUGACUCAUGGUUGGUGAUAUGCAAGCGGUUUCCCAGUAGGUAUUUAUUACAGAUAUGGUGUGGAAAAGGGACCACAUUGACACAAGGCAUCUUACCUCAGGCUGCUUAUUAAAGGCAUACCCACCUUUACGCAACUUAGAAAUGCAAGUUAAUCCUUUUUCCUCCCUUCAAUCUUUCCACUCAAGGACACCAAAUACAUUCUAUCCAAGCAUAAAGGCUAAUGCAAAUAUUUGGAUUAACCCCUGGGUCAAAUCAAAAGAUGGGCGUUUACGCUUUGACGUGUUGAGCUGUUUAAAUAAAGUUUUGGCUGUACUGAAUUUUGAACUUGAGUGUAUACUGUAUAUUUCUUAAUUAUUUUGAGUGUAUAAAGGAUCUUGGUGUUUUCUAAAGGCUUGAUGAAUUAUAUUAUUACCCACAGCCUUAAUCUCUCGAGAGCCUUGACACCUGGUGUCAAGAAUGGGGAUAGCCAUAUUUGGGACUUAGUUCAUGGAUUUACAGACCAUGGAGGGUGGUAGUCUUUUUAUUUACAGCACACCUCAGUGGAGGCCAACAAAGUUGUUGUUGUUGUGCUGAGACAAAUGCCGGAUGUUUGAAAUAUUCUCAAAUAUUGAUCAUUGCCUUUUAUUCUCAUUUGGAAAUAAAGAUGAUUUAUUAAACC